GUAGCAUGAGACGAGGCAUGUUCAUAUCCCUAGUCACCAAGCACUGCCUAUAAAACCUGGUUCACUCUACCGUGCUCUGCUCAUCAAAACAAAGUUUCUCUGUUUGAAACGAAAUGGCUCCCACUUCGUGUUUUCACAUGUCCAUACACUUGCUUUUCUUGUACUUGUCGUCUCAGCCGAUUGGGGCACACAAUCUCUCUCAUCCUGUGAAAUCCCUGUGUCUCCAGGACGAAAUGUCCGUACUGCUGCAGUUUAAGGAGAGAUAUGAAAUCGCCAAUGUUUCAGGCCGCCCUCUCGCUCGUCCCAAGACUCUAUCCUGGAAAAACACUCGGGAUUGCUGCUCCUGGGAUGGGAUCGAGUGCGACGAGAGCACGGGCCAUGUAAUUGUUCUCGACCUGGGAAGCAGUUUUCUCUAUGGUUCUAUCGACAACAACAGUACCCUCUUCCAGCUUGCUCGUCUUGAAGAGCUCAAUCUCAGCGACAACCACUUCAACUACUCUCAAAUACCGUCCCGAAUUGGAGAUCUGUCGAGAUUGAAUCAUCUUGAUCUCUCUGCUUCCGUUUUUUCAGGCCAAGUUCCCACAGGAAUCUUCAAGCUGACGAGGUUGGUGCACCUUGACCUGUGUUGCAAUCUGGAUCCGUAUACUUCUACACGUUUGUUGGAGAUGAAACCGCCGGGCCUGAGAAGCCUAACACAAAAUCUGACAAGCCUGGAAGUACUUCUCCUAGGCGUCGUCAACAUGUCGUCAGAAGUGCCCAACACUAUGGCAAAUCUGACUUCCCUCACAUGGCUGAACAUGGAUGUGUGCGACCUGCAUGGCGUAUUUUCAUCUGCCAUUUUCAAUUUACCGAAGCUGCAACACCUCGGGUUGGCUGACAAUGAAGCUCUCAUGGGACGACUGCCCAACUUCAACUCGAGUAGUCCUCUUGAAGAGCUGCGACUGCUUGGCACGAGCUUUUCUGGAGAGCUGCCCGCUUCAAUCGGUAAUCUCCAUUCCUUGCAGAUAUUGAAUCUUCAAUCUGCCACGUGCAAUUUGACAGGAUCGCUGCCCGCAUCAAUUGGAAAACUUCCUUCUUUGAGCUAUCUCGACAUAAGUCGUUGCCAAUUCUCAGGAUCCAUCCCAGCUUCAUUUUCUAAUCUUAGCAACCUUGAAUACCUAGAUGUCGGUGAGAACCCAUUCACUGCCCAGACAAUUUCCUCUUUUUCUUGGAUUUGGAGGAAUAAAAAGCUCGCCACUUUGCAUCUCGACCAGAUCAAUUUAUAUGGCGAGAUUCCACUUUCAAUCGGAAACUGGUCUCAGCUCGUGGAAUUAGGCUUUAUCGGCAACCAAUUAAGUGGUACCAUCCCAUCUCAGCUCAUGAACCUCACUCGGCUGACUGAUUUGUACCUUGGUACCAAUCAACUGUCGGGAUCGAUACCGUCUUGGCUGAUGAACAUGACUGGACUUGUCGCGCUUGACCUUGCGAGCAAUAAAUUCCACGGCGAGAUACCUUCAUCAAUCUCUCAACUCCAAAAGCUCACACUCCUCCGCCUUGUUAGAAACAACUUUAGCGGUACUGUUGAACUAGACAACUUUCUCAAGCUCAAACAAUUGGAAGUGCUCCAACUAUCGUCUAACAGGCUAUCAUGCCAUGCGAGUAACGCGAAUGAUAUUCUUCCCCAGUUUUUAAUCCUAGGACUGGCUUCAUGCAAUUUGAGUGAGUUUCCAGCAUUCUUACAAAAUCAAGAGCAAAUGAAUUGGUUGGACCUCUCGGACAACAACAUUAGGGGAGAAGUGCCCCCUUGGGUGUGGAACGGCAGUUCUAACAUGCAGUACCUAAAUCUCUCUCGUAACUUCUUAACUGGUGUACAUCGAUAUUACCCGAUCUAUCCUUGGUUAAUGUACACGAUAGACCUGUCUCAUAACAUGUUGAAAGGACCACCCCCUGAAGCACCACCAUCGAUAAUGUCCUAUAUAGUAUCCAACAACAGCCUGACGGGAGCAUUGCCACCAUGGAUCUGCAAUUUGAGUUCAGUAGUCACACUAGACUUGUCUUCUAACAAUUUGACUGGAGUGCUUCCGGUUUGUCUGGGCAAUAUCAGCGAAUCUCUCAUGGUAUUGAAUCUAAAAGGCAACAAUUUUCAGGGAAGAAUUCCUGAGCUAUCAAUGAGGGGGACGCAGCUGACUAUGAUCGAUCUGAGUGACAACCAGUUGCAAGGCAAUUUACCGAGGUCUUUGGCCAAUUGCAAAAUGCUCGAGUUCAUCAACUUUGCAAACAAUCUUAUCGUGGACACCUUCCCGUCAUGGUUGGGAUUUCUACCCAAGCUUCAUGUCCUUAUUUUGCGAUCCAAUAAAUUCCACGGUGUCGUAGAGAGGCCCAAAUCUAGUUCCACGUUCCUUAAGCUGCAUAUACUUGACCUCUCUGUUAAUGCAUUGGUCGGUAAGUUGCCCACAGAAUUCUUUCAGUCUUGGAAUGCCAUGAAAUCCAAGACGGGGAACUUUACGUACAUGCAACGAAAGCUACAGCCGAACCAUUACCUUGAGUUCACCUACUAUGGCAAUUAUGAUUUCUCCAUGACAGUGAUUUACAAAGGGCUUAAAUGGUAUUACCCAAAGAUAUCAGAAGUCUUCACGGUCAUCGACCUCUCAAGUAAUUUGUUCGAAGGUGAGAUCCCAAGUGCCAUUGGUGAUCUCAAAGGACUGCAGGGACUGAACCUUUCCAACAAUUUCCUCAUUGGUCACAUCCCACCGUCGUUAGGGAAUCUCACGGCUCUUGAGUCGUUGGACCUCUCUCGGAACAAACUCUCUGGACAAAUCCCCCAACAGCUAACAGAACUCGGGUUCCUUUCUUUCUUGAACGUGUCUUACAACAAUCUGACCGGUUCCGUGCCCAGAGGGAAACAGUUCGAUACAUUUUCGAACAAUUCUUUUGAAGGGAAUUCGGGACUGUGUGGGGAAUUCAUAUCGAGGAAAUGUCGAGAUUCGGAGGAUAAGUCAGGACAACCUUCAACCCGCCAAGAAGAAGACUCAGGAUCUCCAAUUGAACUCGAUUGGAAAAUUGUUCUGAUGGGGUAUGGGAGCGGCUUAGUGAUUGGAGUGGUCAUCGGAAAUGCAUUCAUCUCCUGGAAACAUGUUUGGUUUGAAGGAAAUGCCUGGAGAAGGCGAAAACUUACUCGGAGGCAGCCUAGGAGGGGUAGGAACUCCUGGCCAGGCAAACUUUUCAAUUUAUGCAGAUACUAGAACUUACCUGAAAAAUGACCUAGGUAUUUCCUUCUUUUU